AUGGCUUCUACACACCGUGAUCAUCUUCCGGGCGCCUACCCCGAUUCCAACCCGGCCACCCCCAACGAACAGGGCCUGGCGCCGCAGAACCAGACCUACAUCCAAGGCCACGACCAACGAAACAAGCUUCACAAGUCCGCCGAUCCCCGCUCUCACAACUUCUCCGACGCCCGCCUCGGUAACAUCGAGUCCCAACCCAUUGAGAACAAGUCCGAUGUCAGCCAGAGACGCUUCUACGGCAGCUCUUCAGGCGAAGCCGUCGGCGGUGGCUUCUACAACCACGGCAACGAUCCGACCAUGUUCAACUCCAACCACCCGCGUGUCUCCGAACUCCCAAGGCCCUCCGUCUCCUUGGAGAACACCGACCGAGAGCCCGCCUUUGGAGACCAGCACGAAUACACCUUUUCCAAGCCCGUCCCAACCGUUGCCAAGGAGCAGGGCUUCCGCGAGGUUGACGCUCGUCAAGCUCCCCAACAGGGUUUCCGUGAGGUCGACUCCCGCCCCGAUGUUGAAUCCCACCCAGCGGCUCGCCGUGAGAGCGUCGCUACCUCUAGCCAAGGCGCCGACGAGCAGCUUUCCAACAUUGGCGACAAAUCCAGCAAUGACGACGCCGCCUCGCGCUCUGACGACGCCAGCGGGGCCGCCCCUUACUGGGGAGACCUUCCCAAGGCUUCCCAAGGCGGCAUCUACAACACGGUCACCGGUCAUGGCAGUGCUCAUGAUGAUCAUGAUGAGCACCAUCACCUACCUCAAAGGUCAGCAGAAGACUCUGACGACAGGACACACGUUACGGGCCUCGGUACUGACGUUCCAAGUGGUGGCGUUUACAACACUGUCGCGGGCCAUGGAAGCAACGACGAGGAGAGCAGGCGUCAUCUGGAGGAAAGCAACAACAACAACCUCAAGGUGAACAUUCCCGAGCCUCGUCAUGGCGGCGCAGCCACUAUCAACAGCACCGAUGCUGUCUUUGAUGCGCCAUUGGCUGCCGUCCCCGAGGACAAGCCGUUGGCUUCUGACAACUUCUCUCAGGCGCCCACUAAUGCUCCUGACGCUGGAACGGUGACCGGCACAGAUCGCAAGGACCUUGCUCCUGGCUUCCUGCCCGAGCUUGCCGCUGCUGAUGAUGCUAAGCUCCUCGCCGAUUCAGCUGCCAACAGAAAGCAACGCGCUGGCAGCACCGACAACGGUAAUGUCUUUGAUGCUCACGCCCACGAUAGCUACCAGAAGGACAGUGCUACAUCUGCCGGCUCUAACGCCCGCAACACUGACCUGAAGACGCAGCGUGCUUUCCCCUUGACUGGCAAGCACCCUACUACUGUUGACGACGCUAUGCGCAAGGACGAUGCUGCUUCGUCUGCCAACCAGCACCCUUUGCGUCACAAGGAGGCCUUUGCCGCCGGCGCUGCUGGUCUUGGUGCAGGUGCUCUGGCCAAGAAGCACCAUGAUGACAGGGACGCCCAAAAGAACCUCGGCGAGGAUACCCUUUCAAAGGAGUGGGACACUGUCCCCGAGAAUCUGGACCAUCCUGCUCGCAACCACCCUGAUGGUGGUGCUGCUGCCGCCGUCUCUCACAGGAGGAAGAGCCAGGAGCUUGACGAGGCCGGUGUUAUUCCCAUCUCUGGCAGCACACUGGAAAAGAUGAAGACCAAGGAGGAAGAGAAGCCCCUUGGAGAGGACACCCUCGAUGUUUGGGACACUACCCCGGAGAACCUGCAGAAGCCCGCGUCUCACCACUCUGCCCAUGCCGCAGCUGUCCAACAGCCUUCCGCUGAGCACAGGCUCGCAAAGGAGCCAUCACCCGCUGAGAGCGACUCCACGGGAGAGAAGAAGCACCGUGCCCCCAAGGACAAGGGCCGCAACAAGUUGGUGAAGAAGGACGCUGCUUUGGCCGCCGGCACUGGAGCUGCUGCUGGCUACGGUCUUUCCCACCACCACAAGAAGGACGACAAGGACGCCGCCGCCGCCGAUCAGAACCAGCGCAAGUCUUUCUCUGGACCUUCCGCCCACCAGUCUACCGAUUUGGACCAGAAGCGCAGGGCUUCCGAGGCUGCUCCUGUUUCCCACCAUCGCAACCCUAGUGACGCUCAGAGCUCCAUUCCCGCUGUUCCUGCGGUCGGCGCUGUUUCUACCAACGCUCCUUCCCACGGCCUUUCCCAGGCUCAGCGUGACCACGCCCCGGCUAGCAAGAUCCCCGUCGCUGUGGACAACAACACCCACGACAAGCUGAACAGUAACACUGCCCGCGCUGGUAUGGCUGGUGCUGCUCUCGCCGGAGUUGCUGGUGGCAUCGGUGCUGCCAAGUAUGCUUCUGCCGAAGACAACAAGCAGACCAUCCACCCUGAGCGCGACGUUUCCCAGGUUACCGGUGGCGUCGGAGCUCCCGCUGCUGCUGGUACUGGGCCCGUAACUUCGGGCGGCAUGUAUCACACUGAGAAUUCCCGCCAGGCUCCUGCUGAUCUUGAGCACCCCAGACAUGCCCUUUCUCCCCCCACCCAGCAUGCUGCUGACUUCACUGCUAAUCCUACCGGAGUGAAGCCCAACGAGAAGCUCGCCAGGAACACUGCCCAGGAACCCGGCUACAACAUGCUCAUGUCCGGUACUCCCUCCGGUGCCCAGCCCAUGUCCACUCAUGGCCAUCUCGGCAAGCACCAUAAGACUACCAGUCAGCCUGGCAACUACAACACGCUCGCCUCCGGCACUCCUUCCGGUGUCGACACCACUGCUCCCGUUAUCAAGGACACCGAAAACAGGAGCCCGAUCAACCCAGCUGACCACAUGAUCUUGGCUUCCAGUCUUCCUUCUCACAAGUCGGAGAAGCAGCAGGGACCUACCACUCAGCAGCCGGGCGACUACAACCACCUCAACACCGGAACUCCCUCCGGCGUCGCCAUCGAUAAUGCCAACGUCGGUCGUGCCCGUUCCGAGGAUCAACCCCGCACUACCCAGCAGCCCGGUAACUACAAGCACCUCGCCACCGGUACUCCCUCGGGCGUCAUCGCCGGUGCCACUUCUCACCAGCAGCCUUCCGCUCGCCGUGCCUCCGAGGGCGUCAAGCACAACGCUCCCACCGACGCCGUCCGGACUGAUUCCGAGGAAGGUCUCUACAACAAGCUCUCAUCCGGUACUCCCUCGGGCGUCAAGAUCUCGCCUCAUCAUUCCCCCCGUGGCUCUCACUCGUCAGCCGGUCCGGCUGCGAUGACCGAGCCCGUCACCCGCGCUGAUCACCAGGACAAGGACGGUAUCUACCGGACUCUUGCGUCUGGCACUGUCACCGGCGUGAACGUUGCUGCCAUGCAUGACAACCGGGACAAGGCCAAGGACGAUAUCAAGGAUGAGAUCCAUGAGCAGAGCACCACGAACACUUUGGCUGCCAAGUCCGCUGCCCAACAGGCUGCCGCCCAACCUGCUCAUACUAGUCAGCAUUCUGCUGUUACUCCUGUUGUUCGGUCUACCCAGUACGGUGGCCCCUCUGAGUCUGAGACCACCGGCGCCGACCAGCGCGGUCUCCCCCCUGCCGAGUCUCAGCCCAAGGCAGCUCUUCCCCCUGCUGAGUCGCAGCCCAUCGCUGCUCUCCCGCCCGCCGAGUCCCAGUCCAAGUCCGGUCACGGCCACUCCGCCGUCGUCAUGCCGACCUCUUUGCACCAGCACAAGAACCAGAACCAGAACCAGGUUUCCGACCUAUCCGCCAUCCCCACCACCACCCGCCGCACCCAAGACCACUACAAGCCCGUCCUCUCCGCCGAGCCUCCGCAGCAGUUUAUGUCCCCCGAAGUGAUGCCGGACGCCUACACCACCUCGGUUCCCGGACGCAACUCCGGUGCCGGUUCCGGGCCCUCCGUCGCCCCUGCGACCACCGAGCCCAUGCGCGCCAAGCACAUGUCCCCCGAGGUGAUGCCCGACACCUAUACCGCUUCCGCCCCGGGUCACUCGGGUGCAGAGAAGAUUAACCGCAGCAUCCCCGAGUUGACGGCCACCGGCCCUUCCUUCCCUUCCGCUGGAGAUAGGGCAGAACACGUGCCUGAGUCUACGACCGAACGUUCUCCUUAUCCUUCCGCUGGAAACAGGGCUGAGGAGGCCACGAAGCACAUGUCUCCUCAAGUGAUGCCCGAGGCUUACACCGCUUCCGUCCCCGGUCACUCCGGUGCUGAGAAGACUAACAACGGUAUUCCUCUCGAGUCUGGUGUCACCGGUCGUGUCUACCCCACCAUUGGGCAUGAGCAUGCGCAGCCGGAGAAGCAUAUGUCCCCCGAAGAGAUGCCAAGCGCUUAUACCGCGUCUGCCCCGGGCCACUCUGUUGGUGCCGAGAAGCCUUCUUCCGCUACCGCUAAUGACAACAACGCUUCGGCUGCUCCAAGGUCUUCCACUUCUCCUUCUACUUCUACUACUUCGUCCCUGGUCAACCCAGCCCUGGCGGCUGCCAGUGGGGCUUGGUCUGCUGCUUCCAAUGUUGCUUCUUCCGCUAUCAGUGGUCUGACCGGUGGUGGUGGUCAUGGUCAGAAAAACACUAGUGAGGGUCAGGGUGCUUCUGGUAAGCAACAACAACAACAACAUUCUAGCGUCGUUGGUAUUCAUAAGCCGGUGCCUCACAAGUGCCGCCAUUGCGGACAGGAUAAUGACGUUAGUGAGGUGGUAGAAACGGCUUUGCGGGGGUUGAAGGGUGAGCAGGGGCAGCAGGGUGAGAGUGGUAUGGGUCGUUUGCACUAA